UUCCCAAGGGAACAAUUUCCUAUGGGAUUCCCAAAGGAAUUCUUUCCCAUGGGAAAACUAAAUUAUCUUUUAUUUAAACAAAUAAACUAGCCAGUGCCAUAAAAGUAUUUUUAUAAAACAGCUAUGAUGUUUUUCUAAUAGUUUAUAUGAAAAUAAAAAAUAAGGUUUUCCCAUAGGAAAUUCCGAUGGGAAAGAUUUCCCAAAUGUUUCCCAUGGGAAAACACCGUCCCAUGGGAAAGCAAUUUUCCCAUGGGAAAUGGCUGUUUCCCAUAGGAAAUCGGCCAUUUCCCAUGGGAAACAGAAUAUUAUAAUAGCAAUAUUUAUUAAAAUAAUAAGAUUAGAAUGAUGAAAGUUGUUGGCUGCUAUAUGGUAGAUAUGGGCUAUCAUUCAGUACGAUUUUUAAGUCCAAAGCUUUUGCAGAAGUACUUGACGUUUUUGCCAAUUAUUGUCCGUGGCAAAUUAUUGGCGGCCAUUAUUUAAGAAAGCAUAUGUUUUCUCAUACUUUGUAGUAUGAGGUAAUUAUAGCAGAACAAACUGUAGCAAAGCCUUAAAUUGAAGAAGGUCUUUGAGAACAUAUGCAGGAAGCUAUCUAGGCACUUUUUAAUGGGGUAUCUUUGUAUACGUCAACUACGCACAACUCAUACAUAAACUGUAUUUGCGAUUUAAAGUUUACUUGUAAGACGUAAGUAGUUUCUAUAAAAAUAAAAUGCUUACUUAUAUCUAUAGAAAUGAGUUCAUCUUUGGGAUCGCAAUAAUAUUCAGAGGGGCCAAGCCCCCGUCUCUCGUAUGUCUGAUCCAGCAAUGCAUACAUCUUCGAACCUUACGGGUGGCACGAGGGAUCAUUCCCCUUAUCCAAAUACAAAUGAAAUGAGUUCAUCUUUGGUAUCGCAUCAUGCGAAUAUUCAGAGGGGCCAAGCCCCCGCCUCCCGUAUGUCUGAUCCAGCAAUGCAUACAUCUUCGAACAUUACGGGUGGCACGAGGGAUCAUUCCCCUUAUCCAAAUACAAAUGAAAAGAGUUCAUCUUUGGUAUCGCAUCAGGCGAAUAUUCAGAGGGGCCGAGCCGCCGCCUCCCGUAUGUCUGAACCGACGUGUCAAGCAGCAUCGAAUCUCUACGCUGGCAAAGUGUGCCAGACUCCUGCUGCAUAUAAACCAGUUCUGACUGUGGCAUCAAGAGGUACUGGGGGACAAGUACCUCCGCUGGUACAAAUGCGCCCACAUCGGUUUCCGUGCCAAGUAUUAUUAUUAGUGGCACCGGAGGACAAGUACCUCCACAUGGUACAAAUACGCCCGCAUCCGUGUCUUAGUAGUGGUACCGGGAGGCAAGUACCUCCGCCUGGUACGAAUACGCCCUCAUCAGCUUUUGUGUCAAAUUAUCUUUUGGGUGGUUCUGGGGAAUGUGCUCCGCAGCAGGGUACAAUUGUACCAGCAUCCAAGUAUAUGCCGAUUUAUCCUAUGGAUGGGAGUGGGGUACUUGACCCUCAUCAUGGUACAGCUGUACCAGUUUUGGGUACAGUACAACAAUCUAAGGCUGAAAUAUGGAAUAGGCUGUGUCCGCCCGACAUAAAACAGUCCACUUUGGUACAACCACCCAAUUAUAGGGGAGGAACAGGGCUGCAGGGCCCUACAACUGGUUCAAAUGUGCCAGGAACUGUGCCCGCACUACAUCCUACAGGUGGCACUUGGGAUCAACCCCGUCCACUUGACGGGGGCAAGGAUGCUAUUGCUAGACCACCCUACCAUAUGGACAGCACAGGCGAUCAUCCCCCUCCUAUUGACACAAAUGUACCCGCAACAGUUUCUGCACCCAAACCCACAAGCUGCAUUUGGAAUAAUAUCCGUCCACCUGACCAGAACGCUCUGGUUCGACCACCCUACCCUGUGGUUGACACCGGGGUUCAGGCCCCUAGAAUUAGUACAGAUAUGGCUCCUGUACCACAUCUCACCGGUGGAACAAACGGUGGUUCGAUCCUUUCCACAUGGAGCUAGUGACCAUGUUGUUGCACAAACACCCUACUGUAUGAGUGGCACACUUAGUACAAAUAUACAAGCUCCCUCUCGCGUACCGCAACCCAGGGGUAGUCAUUUGUGUCAACCCCUGACACGCGGAAUGGGUAUCGUUGGGGUUCAAUCCAUUCCAACCAGUAAAGCUGGGUCCGGUCUGGUCUCAAUCCCAAAUAUUAUAGUUGAUGCAUUGCCAUCUUACCAUACGACUACGUCCUUUGCGCAAAUGCCCGUUAAUGUAUCUUUAGUGGCCUCGACACCAUACACUAUGGUUGCUUCAAUGCCAGCUGAUGCCGUGGGUACUCCCAUGAUCCGCACCCCAGCUUAUGCAAAUAUGCAUGCUACGGCACCGUUCCAAAUGCCUGCCACAAGGGCACAGAUCUUACCUAGGGUAAAUGAGUCGAUUGCGGCUCAGAUCAUGUACCCUUGGGGAGGUUCCGGUCUGUUAUAUUCGGAUUCAAGAGAUACAACCCCUUAUGAACAUCAAGUGAGUGCUGUGGCUCAAGCCAAUUUACCAACCAAUGGUUCCAUCUUGAACCAUGAAACCUGGGCCCCCAGGGGCUAUUGGGGACUCAACAGCAGGCGCCUCAUGUGCUCCCCAGUAAUUCUGGUUUGCAAGACUAUAAUAGCUCGGGUGUGCGGUUUAUGAACCAAAAUUGGGUUGCCCUCGCACAACCUUCUGCAAGACCCUAAGAAAAUUCCAAAAGAGACUUUAAGCUGCCAAAACUGCCACCAUAUGAUGGCACCUCAAGUUGGCGAACCUUCCGUCAUAAGUUUGAAACAUAUGCACGUUAUAAUAAGUGAGGGAAGAACAGAGCAAAUUUCAUAUAGAAUUGAACCUUUCCGGGAAGGAAGGGGAGUUCUUCUCAAACUCAAUCAGACGUAGGCCUAACAUCUCCUAUGCAGAACUAAUUAUAAAAUUGGAACGGAAUUUUGGGGAUUUAACACCCCCACCCACCCUCAUCCCCUCUCCCCUCCCCACACACACACUGAAAGAUAUCUAGUCCAACUUCAGUCUGCUACACAACGCCCGGAUGAGAGCCUUGACGAUUGGUCAGAUAGGGUGUUAGAAUUGGCCACUGAGGCAUUUCCAUCCGUUGACCAGGAAUUGAUAGAAUCACAGGCUGUAACCCGUUUUUGUUAUGGAAUGCGGGACGUAAGUGCAGCUGAACAUAUGGUCCAUCUCAAACUAAAUUCGGUACGCUUGUGCUUAGAACGUGCUAAGGAAUUUCAACAGUGCCAUAAUGCAUUACAGGACAAUAUGUCUCCGCAUAAGGAAUGUCCAAAUAUUAGGGCUACUAGGAAGUCAAUUCCGAGAUGUUCAGAGAGGCUUGCCUCCAGUACAGACUCAGAUAGUUCAAGUCCGACUAUUAGUUCUAAAGUCGCUCCAGGCCCAACGCAACAUGCCCUCUCAGAGUUACUAAACAGUAUGAUUAAAGUCCAGGAGACCGCUAGCAAAAGCCAACUUAAAUACCAAGAAAACGCUACUAAGCAGCAGACAGAUUUGUAGAAAGCUAUGUCUGAACUUACCGCCAAAGUUGAACAAUCAUUGUCUCCCUCUCCGUAUAAUCCUGGAAGAAAUAAGUCUCGGGAAAACUGUCCGGGUUGAUCAGGUAGUCCUAGUCGGAAUGGGGGAGGCUGCUUUAAUUGUGGGGGAAGUCAUUGGCUGAAGAAUUGUAUUUUGCCUAGAUCUCCAGGGAGAUGCUUUAAUUGUCAGGGAGAUCACCUGAGAAGAGAUUGCCCUGAACUGAAGGAGCAGAGUGAUUCUCCGUCUGACCGGAGGGUCACUUUCCAAGAGUAAGCAAUAUUUCAAAUAAGGUAGGGUGUCCUCCGUGAUGAUCACGGUAGGAGUCUUAGUUUUUAUAUUUAUAUUUGGAUGUACACAGGGGGAGUACCCUUGUAAAUUUUACAUGAUGUUGGUGAAAUUUUACAACCGAUCAAUUCAGAAUAUAUAAGACAGGGGAGGUUACACUUGUAAUUGUAAAUAAUGUACAUGAAUUGCCUAUUUUAUGAUUGGUCAGUUUAGGAUGUAAAACAAAGGGGAGAUUACCCUUGUAAAUUUUAUAUGAUGUAAGAUAUUAAACCAGGGAGGUUACCAUUUUGUGUAGUGUAUGUUCUCAAGGAUCUAUUUCUCCCUGCAUUUACCACAUGGUUGGCAGGGAAUGUCCAGGCCAUUUUGAGUAUCCACCAGGUCGACGACUGGAAAUAAUUAAUUCCCGAUAGUUUGUUAAUGCUGGAGUUGAAUGCUCAGUAUUUUGUCCUAUGAGGGUUUUCAGAUUUGGCAGCCCACAGGGCAUUUUGUCCCAUGAGAUUUUCAGAUUUGGCAGCCCACAUUUGUUGGUCAUUUUGUCAAUGGGGUUUCAUGAUUUGGCAGCCCACAUUUGUUGGGCAUUUUGUCCUAUGGGGUUUUCAGAUUUGGCGGCCCACAUUUGUUGGGCAUUUUGUCCUAUGGGGUUUCCAGAUUUGGCAGCCCACAUUUGUUGUGCAUUUUGUCCCAUGGGGUUUUCAGAUUUGGCGGCCAACAUUUUUUGGGCAUUUUGUACAUGGGGUUUUCCGAUUUGGCAGCCCACAUUUGUUGGGCAUUUUGUCCUAUGGGGUUUUCAGAUUUGGCGGCCCACAUUUGUUGGGCAGUUUGUCCCGUGGUGUUUCCAGAUUUGGCAGCCCACAUUUGUUGGACAUGACUGCCCACACAGUGGCAGAAAUUAAUGGAACGUGCACUACGGGUGUUUUGGCCCUCACAGCCAAAAAAACUCGGGCCCUGUAUUUCCAAUAGAAGAGCGGACAGUUUCGUUAUUUCCUGUAACUUUGAUGUAAGGGAAAGUUUCCCUUGAUCUAAGUAAUUAAAUUAAGCAGUGUUUAUUCACUGUGUAUUUGGUGUAGGGGAAAGAUUCAUUUAUUAGAUAUUUGUAUAUGAAUAGUUACAUUUAUAACCUAUAUCUGGUAUGGAUAUAUAUACCUAUAUUCUGUUUCGUUUAUUCUAUAAAUAUCAAAAAGAAAAUACAGUUUACUCUAUAAAUCACAAUACAAUUAAAUAAUCAACAUAUGUACGACAGUUAUAACGCAAAGAAUCAACAAGCUAUAGCAUAUUCUUCAAAGGUGUUGCUGCCAUAGCAAAAACAUUGCGGCAGCCAUCUUGGCGGCCUUUUUUUUAAAUAAACUUGAUACGUUUCGUCUAAAUAUAUAUUUCGUACUUUAUACAUUGUUUUGAUAAUGAAACUGUAGUAGGAUGUAUACAAAACUGAAGAUGAUUAUCAAUUUAUUUUUUAUUUUACCUGUUAUUAGAUAUACAUUGUGUUCUAUAUUGAAUUACCCCACCCACUUAUAAAUAUAUAUAUUAUAAAUAAUUUGAAUGUAUCCUUUAACAAAAUAAUAAUAUUAUUACAAUUUAUUAUCACUUGUUCAACACGGGAUUGCAUUGUGUAAGGAACAACAGUAAAUAGAGGAAUACAAACAAAGUAUAUUGACCGUAUGUUCAAGAAAAUAGUAUUCAUCACAUUUAAGUCCAUAUAAAAUUGGUAUAAAAUGUGUCAGAAAGUUGUAUUUCAUAUCGAUAAAUGCAUAUAAUUUUGCAGAUUUAUAACUUUAACAUUUUUAUAAUAACUCCAAAUUAAUUUACAACAGUACAAUGCUUUUACUUUGCAAUUUUAUGCAUUGGGUAUCAUUUUCAUGUAUCAGCGGCCAUGUUGGCGGCCAUCUUGAAUUUGAGAACUUUGCCCAGUGACUAGAAACUGGCAUCAGGCAGUUCUGAAAACUACAUAUUCUGACGAACAUUUUGAUAUGCAGAAGUUGAUGUGCACAUUCAUAGACCACCUACUACCAGUUUUAAGGUACUUAUUUGGCCAUAUUUGCAGCAUGAUUAAUGAAGAUUCUCUAAUAUAUUUGAAACUUUCACUGAAAUAAGUCGGUCUUUUACCCGGAAGUGAAUCCAAAACAUACCGAGGGAAAUUUAUGAAAUUUAUCUUGUGGCCACUAAAAACAAAUGAUUUCACUAUACCUGUGUAUUUAAUAUAAAAUGGCCAGUUGGGUUAUUACAAAGAUUAUUUAAGUCAGGCAGCUUCUUACUUGAGGUGACCAGGAUUCAUCAAAUUAGUUCAUUGUCCAUAGUAAGCAUUAUUAUGGAAAAAUACAAUAUACAUGUAGCAAUGAUAAUUAAUAAAUUUGAUGCAGACUUAUAGAUGCCUGACUGUGUCACAUCAGUUCUCGAAAAGACCCCUAUCAAGUAGUAGCCAAGGUAUUUUAAAAGGAAAUAUGCAGAUGCCCGGUAACUGGACGCCUACCUUCCAUUCUAGCUGUCCGGCAACAAUACGACUAGCCUCUCCGCGAAUGUUUUUCUAGCUGUUUUGUGAUCUUUUUAUAUAUGAAUACUGUAUGGAAAUAAAAUUAUUGUAUCAUUUUUUUGGCAUAGGUUUGAAUAUUCACCUGUAAGGUGUAUACAAUAUUUUAGAAUUGAUUACCGGACACCUAGAAAACCCCUAUAGGAUUGAAAUUUGGAUAGGCUAGGCGUUCUGUUACCGGUUGGCUAGAACACCGGCUAGGUUUCUGGUUACCGGAUGUCUAGACACUUCCAUUUAUAAAAUGGUAACUGUUUUUGCUGUGGGUCUCAUAAGUCAUGUUAUUUCUGUCUGGUGACUACUCUCUUUCCAUUAUUAUUGCUUCAGAAUGUUUUGUAACAGGAUGUUUUUUUUUUUGGAUAGUGGGAAUUUAUGCCAUAUAAUGAAAAUCUUUUUGAUUUUGAAAUGUUUAGCCUUGCUGUAUGUAAAACAAUUUAUGAUCCUUUAAAAAUAGAUUCAUAGUAUAAUAACUUUUAUAGUAUUUUGUGGUAAGUUAAUUAAACCUUUCACAAUCACAUUAUUAAUUUAGUAUUCAUGAAGUUUUUGAUUUUUUGUAAUGUUUAAAGUACAUGUAAUGUAUCUUCUUUCAGAUAAUAUUUCUUGUUCCUUUGAUGGUUCGUUCCACUAUACAGCUGGUUCAUAUACUCCACAACAGCCAGGAAAUUGAUCUGUUUACUUUAAGAUCCCAAGAAAAUGUAAUAUAUUUUGGAUGUGCUUUGAGGAAUCAGGAAAGUAACAUGCAGCUUAUGGCUCUUAUUAAAAGUUUAUUGCAAUAUAUUAUUUAUUUAUACCUUUGUCUAGGUUUUGUUGGAGCCAAUUUAAAAUAAAUCUACUUCUACACUAAUGAUUUGUACAAUGUGUGUACAUGUACUAUGACUAUUAAAUGGCUUAAACUGACAAAACUGGCAUUAUUGAAAUUUAAUUUCAACAAUCUGGUUUUGAGGAGGAUCAGUUGGUGUAAAGUCUUCAUUACAUUGGCUAUUAGCCUGAGAGAAGUCCAUGGCACUCAAUAAGUACACGGAUAAUUUGAAUGCUUAGCAUAACAUGUACAUGUGUAUAAGUUGAUAUCUCAUUAACUUGUAGAAUAUAGUUCUAAAUAAUAGGAAUUUUAAUUAAGUAUUCGAAGUAAAUCAAUUAAUUGUAAUUUAGUUUAAUUGUAAUGUGAUUAUUUUCAAAUUUGAUUAACCCAUUCUUGACUUAGAUAUUGUGAUGUGAUUGAAUUUGUUUUACCAGUUUUAUUGCACCAAGAAUAUAGAUUAUGUAGUAUAGGUAGUUUGUAUAACGCAACUAUUUUGAGGUUUCUUCAAUUUAUUGGACAGUACCAGUAUAGUACGUGUAGAGAAAAACCUACAACAUAAAACAGUAAAAUCAUGAUCAUAGAAAAUACGAAUUACAAUAAAACAAUAGGAGAUGUGAAAAAUGCAGAUUUCACAAAAAUAAUCUCUCGCGGUAAAUAAGUUAUCAUUGCAUUUAAAAAGAACAAAUACUAAAGAAAAUAUCUUACCAGAAUCGACUAGCAAAGGUACACUUAUGACAUAGUAAAUUGUCCAAAGGUAAGGACAUUAAAUUACUACAGUAUAACAAUAGUUCUAGAGUAACUUGCGUUCACUCGGACAAUGAUUCUCAAGAAUGAAGAAUAGAGGGCCGUGCAAUUGUUAGUUCGCGCCAAAAGUUGUUAUUUGUGCAUGAAGAUAACUGACCAAUGAAAACGUCUUCUAUCUACAAAACAAGUUCAAAUGCAUACUGAACAUGAUAAUACAAACACGGAGUACGAUACAAUAUGAUACAACGAAACACAGAGUACAAACAUGAUACAACGGAAUACGGAGUACUGAUCAUCGAUAUACGACCUGACUAUAAAUAAAUGACUGAAUCCAUUUAUCAGUUUAAAUAAAGUGAAACUUGACUUUACUACAAUUAGAAUAAAGACUGUAAAGGUUCCUGAGAUACAUGAAGAUAACAGAUACUUUUACCAAAGACUUUUAAAUCUUUUUUCAGGAAGGCAAGUGUUUCCUCUUUUUUAUGAAGCAACUCAGUUGGUUAAGGGGCAGACAACUUGUGAUCAUGGUACAUCACUACAUGUAUUGGUAUUCCAUUUUCACAAUGCUGCUAGCUAGAAUAGAAAUAACAUCUUGCUGUGGUACGGUCUGUGGAGACUUUUACUAGGAUAUCACAGAUCGAUUGAAUAUUCAACAAUGAUCACAGACCAUGCAAUGUUUGAAUCUGACUUGCACUUUUGAAUUUAGAAGAAUCUGUGGAGGAGGAUGAAUGCUGAGACCUUUAAUAAUACAUGAUAUUGCUGACACAGUGUGUCAGUCAUCAAAGAAAGGUCAUAACACUGCACAGUUGGUCAACAAUGAUUUAAAUCCUGUCACAUUCUACCAGUGGAGAAAUAUCUUUUCACACUAUUUUAAACUUUUGAAGAAGACCACUUUAUCAUGUCUGCAGAAACACCUGGAUUGUUAGUGUUAAACGUGACAGUCCAGUUAACUUACUAAAAUCUACUCCUCCUUGCCAAACGAACAUUAUUGACAUGGAAUGACACAAGCCUGACAAUGGUACCUGUAUGAACUCAUAAGAGAAUAGUAUUUGUCUGAAAAGUCAAAGGAUUCUGUUUGUCCCAAACCACUUCAACUGAAAACUGAAAUUGUGAUUGGCGAGGAUUUUUCUGAGAACUGAAAAAAGGAAGUGAAUGUAAAAGAUAGAAAUUGUUGUUGAAUUCAAACGUUUUAAUAUACAACACUUGAGCCUGUUUUGCUGUUCAUAUAGAUGUGUUUAGCUGUUAAGGGUAAACAACAAGUAAAGGUUGUAGUUUCAGUUACCUACAUUAAAGUAUUGGCUGGAAAUAAAUAUUUACUUUUCACCAGAGCUUGUAGCAGUGUAACCUUCAUCAAAAGUUAAGCUGCUGUGAUAAUUAUUAAAGUAUUUUUAGAAAAAGGAAUUUAGUAUGUAUGUUGCCAUGGUAACAUAAUUCAAAUUAUAUUUCAUUGAAAUUAUGGAUUUGUAUUUCAAUGAGGGAUCGACAGUAUAUAAUGUAAUGGUAAAAGAAUGUUCACUUUCUUGUAUUGUCAGUUAUAAGUAGCCAGUGAAAAAACAGAUUAUGAGGAAAGGGAUGACUGAAAUGUUUAUUCUUACUUCGCCAUGGUAACACAAUUUUCCUAGAAAAUAUGGGAACAUUUUAAUUGCUGUACUUUCUAGCAUUCUACUUUAAAAUAAGCAUAAACAAUAAAAAAAUCACUGGCAAUAUAUGUUUCAUUUAUUUCAAAAUAGUUAUUUAUUACCAGCAGGUAAAAGGCAAGUUAUGAAGAAACAAUGACAGAAAUGUCUUAUUCUUAUAGUUAUUACUCAUAUUACAAACACUGUCAUAAAACAAAACAUUUUAUUUUUUUAACACGAAAUUUUGAGAUAAUGUUUUUGAAUACAUACCACUUUAUAAUAUUCAAGUUAUCUGAAACACUUUUCCAAAUUUAGCUCUUUUUAAAGUACUAUUGUAGAAAACAGAAUCAAAUGCAUAUGUUGCCAUGGUAACAUAAUUUAAUAAUGUUUUUAUAGAAAAGAAAAUGUGAAGUAUUUUAGCCAGCUAGAUCUUUGCACUCUAAGUGAAUAUCUAAAUAUUCUUUGUAAAAGAAGAUUAGAUUCUUUUUUUUUUAAAUAGCCAGUGAUUACCAAUAAGUGAAAACACAAACUGAAGAAACAACGACUGAAAUAGUUUAUUCUUGUGGUUAUUACACGUGUUACGAAAUCUGUCAUAAAAACAAACAUUUUAUAUCUUUUCACAUAUAAUUUUCAAAUUUUACUUUCGAAUACAUAUACUUCAUUAUAUUCAAUUUACAAGAAACAUUAUUUUAAAUUAAGCUUUUAUUUUUAAGUACUAUUGUAGAAAAAGCAAUUUAUUGCAUAUGUUGCCCUGGUAACGCAAUUUGAAUAAUGCUUUUAUAGAAAAUAUGAAAGAUUUAAAUUAGCUGUAUUUUCUGUUUUAAGUAAGCAUCACAAAAAUAAAAUUUCAUAGUAAUAGAAGGUUCUUUUUCUCCAAAGUAGUCAUUUAGCAUCAGCAUGUAAAAGACAAGUUAUGAAGAAACACUGACAAAUCUAUCUUAUUCUUAUGGUUAUUACCCAUGUUACAAAAACUGUCAUAAAACCAAAUAUUCUUAAUAUUUUCGUGGGAAAUUUUCAGUUUAUUUUUGUAAAUACAUAUGCCUUAAAAUAUUUUACUUUUUAAAAUCCUUUUUUCAAGCUAACAUGUUUUUUUUAAAGUUUUAUCAAAGAAAAGGGAUUUUAAUAUAUUUGUUGCCAUGGUAACACAAUUUUAGAAAUAUUUCCAUAGAAAUUGUAGAUUUUAAUUGAUUAUCAUUAUGUGUAUCAAGAAGGGAUCUUACUUAUAUCAUGCAAUUGUAACAAAAGAUAAAAAAAAAUUCAGAAUUGUUAGCCAUUACCAGUAUGUGAGAAAUAAACUAGAAAGAAAGGAAAACUGAAAUAUACUGGUUUUAUUUUUAAUAUCUAUGUUACAAAAUCUGUCAUAAAAUUGACAAUUUUGAAGAUUUUCAUCUGAAAUUUUCAGGAUUUAUUUCUGAAUGAAUAUACUUUCUAAAUAUGCAAAAACCUGAAAAUGUCAAAAUUCCUCAUCUGAACCCAUUUUCUCAGUCAUGGUCACAUUUCAUGAAUAAUGCCCAUUUUUACUUAGAAUUUCAUGUAUUUUUGAUACACUUUCAAUAUAUUUUUGUUAGUACUUAAUGGAUUGAAUUCAAACUUUAAAUAAUUCUUCCACAUUCCCAUCCUCAUCAAAUGCAAAUCUUUGACAAUCGUGAUAAAAUUGUUUUUUAUUCAAAUGUUCUUUUUCAACAAUUACAUAAAUAUUCUGAGUAGUUAUAUUAAAUAAUACUGAAAUAAAAAAGAAUUUUUAAAAAAGAACCACAGAAACUGUUUUGUAGGGGGAAAUGUAACAUUUGGAAAUAUUUUUAGAAAGAACGAGGUGGAACAUUAACAAUGAUGAAAAAAGUAUCAAAAUCGGUAUACAAAAAAAAAAAGAUAUAGCCAUUUGAAUACCACCUAUAUACUGAAAUGGCAGCCAUUUUGGGCACAGUGACAACACCAUUCUUUCCUUAUAUGGGCAUAACAAUUUAUGGUAAAUCAGCGAAUAACAACGAAGACAAUUAUAUUUUGCGGGCCAUAAUCUAAAAUGAACUUACGUUUGUAUGUAAAGGUGCACAACGUUUAAGUUCCCUGUAUAAUUGUAUUUAACAUAAUUUGCCGAUGUUACGUGUCAGUAGCUACGAACAGUUUUUUAAUAAGAAGUACGCGAUUUUGGAGUAGUAUUUUUACAUUGAGACUUUUGAAAGAAAUGCGUAUGUACAAAAUUAUUGAAAUACACCCGUAAACAAGUAAAGAAAAGGCUUGUGACUAUGUUAAAAUGAAGAUUUUGGUAACAUGGAGAAACGUGUCAUUGUUUAGAAAAAGAUAAUUUAUUGAACACUUUUAAAGCACAUAUG